AUGGAAACAGUGGAACACGCUUUCUUGCUAUGCGAUUGGGUAAGAGCUACAUGGUUUGGGGCUGAAUGUCAAAGUAUCCCAACUAGAGAGACAGUCACAUCUAUUGGGAAUUGGUUAUUGGAAAAUAUAAGAAAAAUUAGAGCUGCAGGAGGUGAAGAACAAGAGAAGAGAAUCAGUAAUUUUGGGUUCUUGAUGUGGGAAAUAUGGAAGACCAGAAAUGACAAACUUUUUCAACAUCUAGAAAUAAAUCCAAUGUGGACAAUUAAAAAAGCAAAUAUUAUGAAAAAUCUUUACUGGAAACUAAAAGAAAAACAAGCAGGAACGAUGAUCAGAGAAAAAGAGAACAGAAUAAACCUGGUAAGAUGGAGACCUCCUCCAACUGGCUGGCUGAAGGCAAACGUCGAUGCAGCAUUCAGGAAAGAAAAGGGUUCUGGUGCAAUAUCUGUGGUAGUCAGGGAUAACAGAGGAAGAAUUGUAUUAGGCUUCACAGGAAAAAUUCAAGCAAAUUCAAGCAUCGCAGCAGAAGCAACAGCAAUUAGACAAGCCAUAAUCAUAGUUAAUAAUCUCCAGAUGGGAAAGACUCUAAUAGAAUCUGAUAAUUUGAAACUCAUACAAGCAAUUAAAUCAAAGGGUUCAAUAGGGAAAAUUUCAGCAAUUCUUCAAGACAUUAAUAUGCUAAUGGAACAAUUACCGGAAAAGGGAUUAACUUGGACUCCUAGAAACGGGAAUUUCCUCGCCCAUGAAAUAGCCAAGGCAGCAGAAAUAGGGGCAUUGCACCAUAAUUGGAGCACUCAACCACCUGCAAACAUUCACAGAAUCAUCAGAAACGAAAUUCAAUUUGAUUAA